UACUUGAACUUAGAAUAAGUAGAUUCUCGCCCGGAUAAAUUAUUAUAGUUCUUUUCGAAAAAGUAUUCCUUUUAAUAAUUGAUUUUAUCAAAUUAUUUGAAGGCAAUGUGCUUAUAUUUUAUAUCUCAUUAAAUUAUUUUGAUUUUGGACUUUGUAAACAAUUUGCAAAGGGUCUCUUAUUUUAAGAAGCCCACUUUCUCAUUAAGUGGACCGAACAUGUAUAUAUAUAGAUAUAUGUGUGUUUUUGCAUGAGUUUUUAAUCAAUUUUUGGGGCAGUAGAAUUGACACAUUACAUUGUUAUCAAUUAGUUUUAAUGCAUGAUAGGGGGUAGUUCCACGUCCCCAGUCUUCUCCCAUAAAAAUCCUCUCCAUACUUGUUUCAGUUUGACACCAAACUACAGAUUUCCUCCACUAAAUUCUUUACAGCCUCAACACAAUUUCAAUUACAUCUACAAAUCCUCUUUUGCCAUCAAUAACAGCUCAAAAUCGCAGCCCUGCAAAAUUUACUUCAUACCAGAACUCAUUAAGGUCCACUUGAGAGAAGGAAUUAGCUUUGCUUUUACAAGAAGAGAAUUGUACAUCUUUUAUCUACAGGCUUGUUCUAUCGAGGUUGAGCGGCAGAUGGUGUCGUGCGAAGCUGAGGGAGGGUGUUGCUGUAUUCCCAAAUGAAUGUCAAGAAUAAUUUCCGCUGCCAUAGUAUUCACUAAGAUGGAUAUUAUUUGAGAUUAAUUUUUUUUUAUAUAUAUGAACUCCUGAUGUUAUCGCUUUCCUAGCGAUUAUUCCUCUCAUAUAUUAUUUGCUUAGUACUAAAUGUUAUCUUUUUGUCUCAGACCUCCGAACUUUUGAUCCUGGUUGGGAGAAUUUCUAUCUAAGUUGUCAUAUUUAUUAUCCUUCAAUUACGAAAUUCCUUUAUUAUGAAUGUGUCACCCAAAUCUAAGGACAUAUCACCUAUUUUAUCCGAGCAAAGUCUAGAAAUCCCAUUAAGUAGCACGUUUCCUAUUCUCCCGGGAACGAGGGCUGUCACAGAUGGUAUCAGAGCGAAAGUUCUUGGCUCUGAGACCGCAAGUUCAUUGAUGUUGAGUCUAGGAUAGCAUCUCUAGACUUCUAAAAGUUUAUACAGCAACCCUCAGCUCGUCGUCACACUGCCCUCAACCAAGGUAUGUUAAUCAUGUUUUCAAAAUGUUUACUGAAAUGCAUGCACCAAAUGAAUAUGUUAUAAAACAUGUUAAGAUUGAAUAUGCACUGAGAUAGAACAUGCAUUAUGAUUGAACAUGCAUUGAGACGGAACAUGUAUUGAGACUGAACAUGCAUAGAGACGGGACACGCAUUGAGACUGAACAUGCACUGAGACAAAACAUGCGUUGAGACGGAACAUGUAUUGAGACUGAACAUGCAUUGAAACACAGCAUGUAUUGAAACUAUAAACGCACUGAGACUGAACAUGCAUUGAGACAGAAUAUACGUAUUGAGACUGAACAUGCAAUAAGAAUGGAUGUGUUUUGUGAUUGAAUGCAUUGAUAUGAAUUGUGACUGAACAUACACUGAAGCGGAUCAUGUAUGGAGACGUCCGUACACUGAAACGCAACAUGUAUGGAACCUUAACAUUUAUUGAGACUAGACAUGCAUAUAUGAUCAUGAAUUUGAGAUUGAAAUAUUUUAUCAUACAAAAGUAUGUGCCCGACUUAUUUUGAAAUGAGGAAAUGUUGCAUAAAUGAUUAAUAUGCAAUUUAUUACCAUGAGAUGAUUCAACCACUGCAUGUUAUUACAUGUGAACCUAGAAAGGAUAUGAUGACAGACUAUAGUCGCUUAGUGAACUGAUGAAGGAUGUCUUUAGAUUUCUAUUUUUAUGACCAACGGAUUUUAGAAGACAUGAACAGAUUAAGAAUAGAAAGGACUAUACAAUGAAAGCACUGAACAUAGAAUGACAGAACAUAGAAAGUAUAGAACGGUAGAAGCGUAGAACAUAGAAGAAUAAGGCAUAGAAAGUCGGAAUACAAAAGUUAGAAUAUCAAAGCACGAUACAUGAAAGGAUGACUUGUAGACAGCCAACGAUCGUUUCAGACAAUAGAAGGAUCCUUAUGUCACCAGUAUCACAGUUUUUUUUUUAUUAGAAAGAAUGAAGAAGGAGUCCAACAUUAUUAAUUGAAUGCAGAAUGGCUGGAGAAAGAGGAAGAGGGCCUAACCCUGAAGAACAUGUGCCACGAAUUAUACCAGAGCGUAGUGUGGAAGAAAGGUUUCGCAAGCAUAAUCCACCAACUUUUGAUGGCCUCGGUGAUCCUCUGGAUGCCGAGAGAUGGGUAAGAGCUACUGAAAGGAUACUCAACCAUGUUGGCUGUGGGGAUAGGGAGAAACUAACAUGCGCAAUUUUCCAACUUGUUGAUGAGGCUGAAUUCUGGUGGGAAUCGGUGCGACGAACCUUGACCCCUGAGCAAUGGGAGGCGUAUACGUGGAACGAUUUUAAGGAAAGAUUGUAUGAAAAGUAUAUCCCUGGAUGCUAUAGGAAGAAGAAACAGGAUGAGUUUUGGAAUUUAAGACAGGGAAAUAUGACAGUCACUGAGUACGACCGAAUGUUUAACCAGCUUUCGCGAUAUGCUCCGCAUCUAGUUGACACAGACGAGAAAUGUGCAGAAAAGUUUCGUCAAGGUCUGCGGCUCGAGAUAGCCGUUCCACUAGCAAGUCAGGGAACAUUGACGUAUGCUCAAUCGUUGAGCAGGGCCUUAAACAUCGAAGCAAUACUACCAAAGGAAAAAGAGAAUGUGUCAGCACAAGCACAGACCCAAAACUAUGGAAAAAUGAAACGUAAAUGGGAAGGCGGAAAUGAAGGAAACCCAGGAAAAAUGAAGCAACCAUGGAGAGGAACUCAGCAACAACAAGGACAGGCUGAAGGAAAGCCUUUAUGUCCAACAUGUCAGAAAAAUCACUAUGGUGAAUGCAAGAUAGGCUCCAAUGAUUGCUUUAGGUGCAAGCAACCAGGGCAUUUCGCCAGAGACUGCCCAAACAAUAAUGGAAAUAUGGGAAUUUCACAACCUCAGAACUUUGUCCCUCAAAGGCAGAAUCAAGUACCAAUUGGUAAUGAACGACCAAAUCAGAGACAACCUGCACGUGCUAGGGCUUAUGCUCUUAACCAGCAGCAAGCGGCUCAAGCACUUGAAGAUUUAGAAGGUACAAUUGUCGUAAAUUGACGUAUCUAUUUUAACAUGAAGAGCUUCAUACUUUUAUAUCUCUCCAUGCAUGUGAAUGGUAUGGUGGUGGAAGUUUUCAAGAUGAUAUAUAGAAAUGAUAAGCAAGCAUGACAAGUUGGUCCUAUUUUGGAUUUACGAAAUAAGAAGAAAUUGAAGGGGAUAUUCGAUCGAAAGAUCGAACUUUAUGGGGCAAGCAGAUUUAUUCUGCCUUUAAUGAAUCACUAUGAACGACAAGAAAAGUAUGUGCAAACUAGAAGUCAAGUUUGCUAGCCGAGCAAUUUCAAAUUUCGAGGACGAAAUUUUUUUUAACGGGGGAGGGUUGUAAUACCCCGAUUUCUUCUUAAUAGGAUUUCACGAGAAUACUUGAACUUAGAAUAAGUAGAUUCUCGCCCGGAUAAAUUAUUAUAGUUCUUUUCGAAAAAGUAUUCCUUUUAAUAAUUGAUUUUAUCAAAUUAUUUGAAGGCAAUGUGCUUAUAUUUUAUAUCUCAUUAAAUUAUUUUGAUUUUGGACUUUGUAAACAAUUUGCAAAGGGUCUCUUAUUUUAAGAAGCCCACUUUCUCAUUAAGUGGACCGAACAUGUAUAUAUAUAGAUAUAUGUGUGUUUUUGCAUGAGUUUUUAAUCAAUUUUUGGGGCAGUAGAAUUGACACAUUACAUUGUUAUCAAUUAGUUUUAAUGCAUGAUAGGGGGUAGUUCCACGUCCCCAGUCUUCUCCCAUAAAAAUCCUCUCCAUACUUGUUUCAGUUUGACACCAAACUACAGAUUUCCUCCACUAAAUUCUUUACAGCCUCAACACAAUUUCAAUUACAUCUACAAAUCCUCUUUUGCCAUCAAUAACAGCUCAAAAUCGCAGCCCUGCAAAAUUUACUUCAUACCAGAACUCAUUAAGGUUUGCUCAGUACACUUCUUCUCAACAAACAAUCAUGUUCAUAUACCACACAUAUAAGAUGAAUAGCAUACAUGAAAGAUCAUAUCUUGUAUUUUUGAUGUACAUAUGGUUGUUACAGAAACUGCACAUGAAAAAGAAAACAAGUUUACAGAAUGUCUAUGGAUUAAUUGAGCCUUACAUGUAUUUUCUUUAAUCUUUCGCUAUGUGUUGUUGAUGUGGGAGUCGAGUCGAGGCGAGUCAGGGCAGGGGGGGAGCGAAGGCAGCGGUGCUGCUGUGGUCACCGCGGCGGCGCGGUUACUGCUGUUGUCGCCGGCGUGGCUGUCAUCGCGGGAUAGAGUCGGCGGCGGCGGCGGUAUUUCGAGCUGCUGGCCGAAAUUCAAAGGGGAGGAAGAGGCGAUUUAGGGAGAAUCGGAGAUGGUGGUGAUGAAUCGCGGCGGCGGUUGCCUAUUGGCGCCGUCCGUUCGUCGAUCGGGAGAGAAGGUGGCCGAGCGACGCUGCUGCUGUGCCGCGACGGCAAGGCGAUGCUCCGACUGCCUCUCCCUUGAAAUCGAAGGAAAGGGUUAGGGAUUUUGGGAGCUUCUUACAUUUGGGUUCUGUGGAAUCGGAGGGAAGGGGGAGAUGAGGCUGAGAGGGUGAGUAGGAGGAGGUUGGCGGCGGCGGUGGUGGUCCUUCGCCGUUGACCGUCCAACCGAGAAAAAGAGAGAUGGGAAGGGUAGAUUUGCAGAUUUUGGGGAUUUCCUAUUUGAGAGAGAGAGAGAGAGAAGCAAGAUGGGGAGAACGGAGAGGGGGGAGAGUGAGGCGCGACGGCGACAUCGCUGUUGUCGCCGGCGAUGGAGAAGUGGCGAGGCGACUGGUGAGAUAGAGAUGGCGGAGAGAGGAGGAGAAGGGGAUGUGUUCUGGUGGUGAGAGGGAGAGGGAGAGGAGGCGUAGAGAAGGAGAGAUAAGGAGGGGUUGACUUAUGAAAUUUUGGGCUUGUUUGUUUAUUAUUUUUGGGCCUAUACUUUUAAUUCAAGUUGGGCCUUAUUUUCUUAAAGAGUUGGGCUGUAUGUUUGUUAAGAUGUUGGGCUGAUUUACAUUCUUUAACUCAGGCUUUGCUUAAAUUAUUUAGUCGAGUCCUCAACCAGUUGAUUAAUUUUUAAUAAUGAUUUAAUGGUCUGAUUAAUUAGACUCUAUAA